AUGUCUGACUUAGCAGUAUGCCGCUUUGCGUACGAUGGGGUUGUUACUGCAGUACUAAAAAUAUUGGAAUCGGAUGGAGAAAAGUCGUUUGUUGACCAGGCUGGGCGAAAUCCUCUUCAUUGGGCGGCUUGUGGAGGUCAUUUAGAGUUGGUAAAAGUUCUUCUGACUCGAGGUUACGAUAAAGAUUGCAAAGAUCAGUCUAACUGGACUCCACUUAUGAUUGCUAUUUCCGCUGGACGUGCUAAUGUAGCUUCAUAUCUUAUAGAGCAAGAGCAUGCUGAUGUAAAUGUAAUAAAUUCGACAGGUCAGUGCUGUCUUCACUAUUGUGCUUCUAAAAAUCGUCUUCAGUUGGUCAAACAGCUAUUAAAUGCUGGUGCGAAACCAGACGUAAAAGAUUGGGGAGGAGUUACACCGCUUCAUCGUGCAAUCGCCACAGAAAACCUAGAUAUAGCCAAACAUCUUUUAGACCAUACAAUCACUGAAAAAGAUGUUGGUAAUGAAGAAGGCUGCAAUAAACUGUUUUCAACGCUUGUUGAUUUAACUGACAAACAAGGCCAAACACCUCUACAUUAUGCAUGCGAAGAAGGCAAUUUCCAAGCUGCAACUUUACUAAUGAAUUAUGGUGCCUCUGUAAAUCAUAAAGAUACAGAUGGCAGAACACCCAUAGAUGUUGCCCCGGACCAUUUGCGAAUGAAUUUGUUAAAACUAUUAAAAGCUAAAUAA